UUAUAAUAAAGCAAUGCUUUUUUAUAAUUAUUCAUUUAACUGAAAAUAUUUCCAAUUGUAUUAUAUGUGAGUGAAGUAAAACGUUUAUGGUAAUGCUAAUUAGAUUAUCAUUAUUAUUAUUUUUUAUAAUAAUAGAGUUGAUCAAGAUUUCCGUAAAUUUGUGUAAGUUCUAGAUAGUCAACCGGUAAUAUUUGUAUUCCUAUUUCAAGCGCUUUCAUGAUUUUAUAAUGCAUUGCAAUAAUCUUUAAUCAUAUGAUGCAUUUCUCCCAAGUCAUUGUAUAAUGUUAUAAGCUAAAUAUCAUCAGGAGAUAAAUGUUCUAAGAUAAUUUUUUAAAAUGCCAUUUCAUUCAUCUUUAACGCAUUGACCAAUUUAUAAUACAUUAUACUAAGAUUUCGAUAGGUCAUUGCUAGAUCCGAAUAAUUUGACUGUGGUAAUAUUAAAUGAAUUUCAAGUUCUUUAUGAUAAUUUGUUACUGCUUUAUCAUAAUUUUCUUUAGCAGCAUAAACAGCUGCCAUGUUGUUAUAUGUUACAGCAAAACGGAAGUAAUUCUUUUUCUACAGGCUUUUUCUAGCCUCUUGUUUUCUAGCAGAAAUCGAUCGGAAAUCGGAAUAUAGAAUAAACAGAAUUCGACACGGACAACUUCAACGACAAUUGAUUUUUCCAAUGAGUUCGUCGGAUUCAAAAGCGGGUGUCACGCAUUCCCUUCUUUUUUUCCAAUAUUUAACAGUGCGAUGGGUCAUUGAAAGGCACUCCUCAGCGUUUGAUGGAACACAAAGUCGGACUAAUUCUCGAUGUUCUAUUGACCAUUUCAGAUAAGACGAACGAGCAGUUCGGACUAUUUUUCGAAUCGUUCAACGACAUCGAGCUAAAGAAAACGUUCGAUUGUUUCUGUCAUUAUGUUAUUCGGUGUUUGAAUUUCAUCAAAAUCUCUGCGUCCUCAAAGGGGAAGAGAAAUACCUGACAUAAUCUACACAACUAGAAGAUUUUACUAGUCCAGUUAAGUCAUUGUUGUUACCAUGGAUGUUGGACUGAGCUGUUGUGUUAUUAGAUGGAAUAUUACAAGGUGUUAUUGGAUGGACGGAAAAAGACCCUGUAGCAUCAAUUGAUUUACGCCCUUCAAAGACAAAUCCAAAUCCACAAUUAAGUAUUCUGGUUGAAAACAAGGGGCGCUGUUGUGCUUUACUAGCGGAUUUUGGAUGCAGUUUUAAGGGCAUGAAAGGGAAACCUCGAUUAGAUUUACAACAAUUAGACAAUUGGACGAUCACUAAAUUACCAAUGGAUGAAAAACUGACUAACCAAGCGACAACAUUUGGUUGGAAGGCACUACCAUCUAAUAUGUCGAUAGUAUCAUCAUCAUUCUAUAGAGCUACAUCAUCAGCGAAAUUUUAG